AUGGAAUUCUUGAACAACAUGAAUUUAGAAGAAUACUUGUCACAAACGUUGCAAUAUCAAAGUGGCCUUAAUAUUAUGGACACUUAUCUUCAUACACCAGUGGCUUCUAUGUCACCUUCCCCCUCUCAUAGUUACUCCGCAACAACAUCGCCCGUUUCACCAUCAUCAUCCAUCGAAUCAAAAGGUACUUGCAAGGCCAAACGCAUACGUACAGCAUUUACUAGCAAACAACUGAUCGAAUUGGAACGUGAAUUUCACAUUAAUAAGUAUUUAUGCCGUCCUCGUCGCAUUGAAAUUGCCGAACGUUUAGAUUUAACCGAACGUCAAGUUAAGAUUUGGUUCCAAAAUCGCCGCAUGAAAAGCAAGAAAGAUGCUUCAAAAGCACCAAAAGAUUAUACCAAACUGCGGGGUUGUUCAUCCUCAACCCAACAAAACAAUCAAUGUUCAGAUAAUUUACCUCUAUUCUUGGCGAAUACUGAAAUUUCAACUGUCAAGCAAGAACCUAUGGAGUCAUUAUCCAAUACGAGUUUUGACCAGCAAUAUAAAACAUCUCCAAUGACAUCACCCAACAGUCUGAAUGAGUCGACUUAUGUGAAUACAGAACCUCAUUAUCAAUCUGCAUUCAAUUCGCCACCACAAUCUAUGGAAUAUUUAGGCUCUUCAUCGGAAUCUCUAGCUCAUAAUGAGUCCUUCUUCAACUCCACAUCAUCAUUGUUCGAUGAUUACCAACCACUUCCUUGCUUCAAUGAUCAAAAAGAUAUUUUGGAUUUCCUAAUGUCGGAACAUGUGCCAAAUAAUCAGACAUCGUCGUCUUCAUCCUCAUUGUCAGCAUCUACUUGUUUAAGUUCUUUACAAUUUGACAUGGAUUUUGAUUUUGUACAAAAUCUCUUAAAUAUGUAA